GCACGGCGGCGGAUUACUAUGGCAACUGCAUGAGCGGCCUCGUGUGCGCCCCCCCGGCGAACGCCGCGAUAGGCACCUCCAACGUCUGCGCCAACAUCUGCGGCAGGUUCGACGGGAGCGGAGAUCACGUCACCGGCCCGUGCAACCGGAUGCAGUCUUGCAGCUGCAAGGCGCAGGUGCCGUGCAGCCCCUGGCAGCAGGGGGCCGCCGGAUGCUACAUGUACUGCUGCUGA